UUCAUGCUUGCCACGCUAGGGUUUUUUCCCCGUGGUGCAAGACAUUUGUUCGUUCUGGGGAGAGCGCCUGCCGGUUUGCCCUGGGUAAGGGGCCCUAUGCUCUCCUCUUGCCGCGGAGUGCGCGCACUGCUAACUCUGCCCUUCGGGGCCUCUCCGCCCGCUUUCUCCACUCCAGGCCUAUUCCUCAGUCCCGGUCAGCAACAUGAACUCGGGCCUGGGCUCCAUGAAUUCCAUGAACACCUACAUGACCAUGAACACCAUGACCACAAGCGGCAACAUGACCCCAGCUUCGUUCAAUAUGUCCUACGCAAAUCCGGGCCUGGGCGCCGGCCUGAGCCCUGGCACGGUGGCUGGCAUGCCUGGGGGCUCCGCGGGCGCCAUGAACAGCAUGACAGCCGCGGGAGUGACGGCCAUGGGGACGACGCUGAGCCCCGGGGGCAUGGGCGCCAUGGGCGCGCAGCCUGCAGGCUCCAUGAACGGCCUGGGCCCCUACGCCGCAGCCAUGAACCCCUGCAUGAGCCCCAUGGCCUACGCGCCGUCCAACCUGGGCCGCAGCCGGGCCGCGGGCAGUGGCGACGCCAAGACUUUCAAGCGCAGCUACCCCCAUGCCAAGCCGCCCUACUCCUACAUCUCGCUCAUCACCAUGGCCAUCCAGCAGGCCCCCAGCAAGAUGCUCACGCUGAGUGAGAUCUACCAGUGGAUCAUGGACCUCUUCCCCUUCUACCGGCAGAACCAGCAGCGCUGGCAGAACUCCAUCCGCCACUCGCUGUCCUUCAACGACUGCUUCGUCAAAGUGGCGCGCUCCCCCGACAAGCCGGGCAAGGGCUCCUACUGGACGCUGCACCCGGACUCCGGCAACAUGUUCGAAAACGGCUGUUACCUGCGCCGCCAGAAGCGCUUCAAGUGCGAGAAGCAGCCUGGGGCCGGGGGCGGGAGCGGGGGCAGUGGUGGCGCCAAGGGCGGCCCUGAGAGCCGAAAGGACCCCUCGGCCUCGGCCAACAGCAGCGGGGACUCGCCCCUUCAUCGAGGGGUUCACGGUAAGGCCGGCCAGCUAGAGGGCGCACCGGCCCCGGGGCCCACUGCCAGCCCCCAGACUCUGGACCACAGCGGGGCGACGGCGACAGGGGGCGCCUCGGAGUUGAAGACUCCAGCCUCCUCAGCUGCGCCCCCGAUCAGCUCCGGGCCUGGGGCUCUGGUAUCUGUGCCCCCCUCCCACCCAGUGCACGGUCUGGCACCCCACGAGUCCCAGCUCCACCUGAAAGGGGACCCCCACUACUCCUUCAACCACCCCUUCUCCAUCAACAACCUCAUGUCCUCGGAUCAGCAGCACAAGCUGGACUUCAAGGCAUAUGAGCAGGCGCUACAGUACUCGCCCUACAGCGCCUCUUUGCCUGCCAGCCUGCCACUGGGCAGCGCCGCGGUGGCCACCAGGAGCCCCAUUGAGCCCUCAGCCCUGGAGCCGGCCUACUACCAAGGUGUGUAUUCCAGACCUGUCCUAAACACUUCCUAGCUGUCCUAGACUAGGGGUUGGUUUGUCGUGACCAUGCUGCUAGCAGGAGAGGGGGGAAAGCAGCAGCAAACAAAACCACACAUACCAAGCUGACGACAGCAGAAUAAAAUACCAACUAUUUUUAUUUCUU